GGAGGGAUGAGAAGAGACUGGACAGCACUGGACCACACCGAGUUCAACAAAAAAGUUGCUCCUGGGAAGAAUUGACUGGGGGAUUCCUCGAGCUUCCAAGCCCAAAGCUUCUUUUUCAGAUGGAAUCCACUGUAAAGUUUAAGACUAGCACAUGAAAGCUUGAUGGGACCGUGGGAGGAUCUUGGACAACUUGGAUGCCUGAAAUCGAGCACACAGAAGACAUGUCUAAAGAGGCCGUGCUAGAAGGCUGUGCUGGAGGCUAAGCCCAUGCGCUUUCUUCCAGAUGUGGAUGGAUGUCGAUCUUUUAUGUAGGUCCUGGAAACACCUGCUCUAUUAUACAGAGCUCACCGGUACAAGGAGUCCUUGCUGGAAGACUUGCUGCGGCUGCGGAAUCAGCUGAUGGAGGUCCAAGCAGAGGCGUGCAACGUGAGGGAGAAGAUCCGCUGUGCCGAGCGUGACAGCGCCAAGAAGGACAAACUCCUGCAGGACCCGGCGCAGGGUGUGGACGGUGUGGAAGGGCGCCUGGAGGCGCCUGUGGAGGCCUGAACACCGGGUGGGCGUUCAGGUGUGACAGGGGUGUGACCGGGGUGGACGGGGGGAUGAUGUGCCUUGUAGUCUUUCAGUCUUUCUUCUGCCAUUCUGCAAGGCCUGAAAAAAAGAGCUCACUCUGAACCGUUGUAGUUUUUUUCUCCUAUGUCGUUGUAAGUAGCAAGGUGCCUUGGUGACCAUGGCAUGGUUUGGCAUGGCUUCUCCUAUGUCCGUGGGAUGCAUUUGGAGAUUGAAGUUGGAUGGAUUCUGAUUGCCGGAAUUUCUUCCUAUGAAGGAGCUGCUGUCCAAUGCGAAGGCCCCGAGCUGGCAAGCUGGCUGGCUUGGAGAGUGGACAAAAACAUAGGUGUUCCACGGAUGAAGCUUGCCAACACCACUUGGGUCUCACAUCAUUGUUCUAUUUUGGUGCAGCUCUUUGCAGCUCUGGAACCAGCCAUUUCGGGCGUCAGACGCCUCAGUCUCUGGGAGAAGGUGUCGGUCGGACAUCGACGCAGGGGGGCAGUGGCGUCUCCGGUGUGGUGUUGGAUCAGCUGCGGGAGGACCUUCAGGCGUUGCUGCGGGCGAAGCGGCAGGCCUAUGAGGCCCGACAGCAACUGGAUGAGAAGGAGUCCAAGAUUGCCAGUGUCCGGCAGGACUUGCGGGCCACGAAGCUCAGCGAGCUGGAAGAGGAUGUGCAGCGUGCCAAAGCUGAAGCCAAAGUGAAGGCCGCGGACCUGGAGGCUCAAGGCGAGAGCAACAGCUAUCUCGUGAAGUCGCAGACGUGCCAAAAGGAGGCCAAGGAUCUGUUUCAAGAGAUGGUCGAGACGCAGAACUCCGUGGCUGCGAUCCAUCAGCAGAUUGCGAAGCUGCAGGAUGAGCGUGUGCGCUUCGACCAGCUGGCGGAGGAGCAUCAACAGCAGGCGGAGAGCCUGAAGGAGAAACGCCUCGAGAUCGAAGAGCAGAAGGAACAGUGUGAAGAGCGCUUACUGGGCCUUGCCAAUGUGGAGGCCUUGCACAAGGAGAAGACAGAGGUCUCUGCCCGUGUGCGGAUGCGGCUCGCAGAGGUGAAGGAAGCUGUGCGUGCAGGGGAAGCUGUGAAGAAGACGCUUCCCGAUUGUCGCGUGGACGCGCGGCUGUUCCAGCCAGGUUUCCAGCCGGAGCAGGCAGAGAAGGGCUGGGCCUGGCGGCUCCUGGACGCUUUGCAGACGGAGACGCAGGCCGGAGCGAUGCCGACCACGCCGGUCGCACCGGCGGCCGCACCGACUCCGGCAGCGCCGGUGGCGGCGAAAGCGGAAGCGACCAGUGCACCGGUGGCGCAGGCGGUACAUGCGGAGCUUCCGGAGCUUCCGGAGGCGCCGCCCGCGCCGCCGGAGGCGCCGCCGGAAGAGUCUCCACAAAGCUCUCCGCAGUCGAGGCGGAGCUCGCCCCAGGCGCCCCCGCCCGAGGCGCCCCCCCAGAGCUCGGCGCCCUCGCCCCAUGCGCCGGCCUCGCCGCAGCGGAGGGGUGCGGCCUCGCCGGCCAAGAGCAGCGGCUCCUAUGGGGAUGAGGAGUUCGAUGAGGACUUCGAGGAGGAGUCCGAGGUGGAGGAAUGAGCGACGCUCCCAGGAACGACGCGAGUUCCGCGGCCCCUCCAAGGCAUUUGGGAGUGUUUUCGAAGAGGCGUGCGUACAGCAAAGUCUGUACCUGCAAGGGUCUUGAAUGGCCAUUCCUUGAGCUCUUGGAACGCAUAGAAUCCGUGUUUAGAACCCGUGUUGGUGAUUG